AAUCACAACUUGGGAUUUCGUGAUCUAAACUUAAAAUUGUUAAGGUGGUAAAUUGUCAUCACUUGUAAACAAUUGUCAGCCUGAUUACUACUAAUUUGACUUAGAACGUUGUGACGAAAAUUUGACUUUACUAAGGUCCGUCAUGUUUUAUAAUUAUCAAGUGUGAAUCAACUCUUUUCAAAAUGGCAGAAAAUCUUUCGAAACGGCCUCCCAAAGGAAUUUUAAAAUCAUCCAGCAGCUUUGAUAAUCCGGAUGUAUCCAGACCAAACAAAGAAACAAAAUGGGAUGAAAUGAAUAUAAUUGCAACACUGCAUCCACCAGAAAAAGAUUAUGGUCACAUGAAGAUCGAUGAACCAAAAACCCCAUACAAUUAUGAAGGCCUGCAAGGUGAAUUUGAAUUUGAUCAAUUAGAUUCCACUGCUGUUGCAGCCAAAUUGGCUGAAGGUAGUAAACCAAAAAUAUUUGAGGAAUCAAGUGAAGAUGAAGAAGAGAAGGAAACUCUUGAAGAAAGAGAAAAACGAAAAGCAUUUGAAGCAAAGAGAAAGCGACAUUAUCGAGAAUGGCAAGUAGUUCAAAUGGCUCGAAAGCAAUUACUUGAACAAGAUGAAGAUGAAGACGACGAAAAUGAAGAAAACGAAGAAGACAUAGAAAAAGAUGACAAUAAUUCUUUUCUUUCUGAAGAACAAAUUGAUUUCGAUGUUAAAUUCAAGUGUAUGCCAUCUUGUAAUGUAACUAAAGAAAAGUGAUAUGG